GUUGCGGGCAGUGAGCUGGUAGAGCCUUUCCGAGUCGCUGCUCUUCGGCGGUCUUUGCGCUGAUUUCGUUCGAUGUUGUUUAAUUAAGUCUAUUCUUCGCUAAAUCUUCUUUCAAUAUAGAAUCGAGAGAAAUGGGGAAUUGCUGGGAUUGAUAUUUCAUUUGGCGUAUACGUAGUGUUCUUCAAAAUGUCCGAGAAGCAGGAGACGGCGGCCCUUAUUGACAGCAAGGUCCCGGAAGGAUCUGCGAAGAAGAGCUUCCUGUCGAGCGUCACGGUCGAGCCGGCUCUGGCGCUGACCGCCUUCGGCUACGGGUCGGCGCUGCUCUUCACCACCAACCUGCUGAUCGAUAAAAUUUGUUCCCUCCAGUUCGGAUACAGCGACGAGGUCUGCUCUCAGCUCGACUCGGGGAAGUACACGCAGCAGCAGGACAACGUGCAGCGCGUCGCCAACCUGUACAACGUGUACAAGCAGGUCAUUGAGUACAUCCCCGCCCUGUUCGCGGUGCUUCUCCUGGGGGCGUGGAGCGACCGGCGCGGCCGACGCCUGCCGGUCAUCCUCCCUGUGGCGGGGCAGCUCCUCAUGGGCCUCGGCCUGACGGCGAACUCCUACUGGAUGUCCCUCUCGCCGCCCUUCAUCCUCCUGUCCUUCGUGCCGGUGGGCCUCACGGGCGCCAUUACGGGCAUGUUCCUGGGCGCCUUCGCCUACGUCAGCGUCUCGUCGGGCCAGAAGUCGCGGACGUCUCGCGUGUCCAUCGUGGGCGUCAUCAUGCUGCUGUGUCUGCCGCUGGGGCAGGCCGUCGCCACCUACCUGUUCGCGGUCGGCGGCUACGUCCUGGUGUUCGGCCUCCAGACGGGCUUGUCCGCCGUCAGCGUCGUCUACCUGCUCCUGCGGCUUGAGAAUCGACCCGAAGGCAGCGACGCCCCUGAGGCCGAGGGAAGCGUGUGCGAGGUCCUCUCCCCUGCCAACCUGAAGGAGACGCUGAUGGUAGUGUUCAGAUCCCGCGAAGGAAAGACCCGCGGCCACAUCAUCGGGAACAUCGUCAUUUGCUCCCUGGUGCUCUUCACGUACGGACUGACCAGCUACGACUUCCUCUUCACCCGCAAGCAGUUCUCUUGGGACAUCAACACCUUCACCGUCUGGUCCAUCGUCGACACUCCCUUAUCAGCCGUAGGCAUUCUUGUGAUUAUGCCUCUCCUCAGUUAUCGGUUCGGGGUUUCUGAUGGCGCCCUGGGUUUUGGGGGCGGAGUUUUCAUGAUCUUCACCUACGUCAUAAGAGCAACUGCACCUUUCCCCUGGGUGUUCUACGUUGCGUCCGUCGUCGGGAUACCCCGCGGCCUGCCCUCCCUGGCCGCCCGCUCCUCCGCCUCCAAAUUGGUCAAGAACAGCGAGCAAGGAGCCGUCUUCGCCGUCUUGGCCAUCGCUGAGACCAUGAUCCCGGUCGUCGCCUCGUCGGUGUACACGUCGCUCUAUAAUGCCACGCUGGAGGUCUUCGCCGGCGCCAUCUACGUGUUCACGGCCUGCAUCUGUCUCGUUAUCUGUUGCAUCAAUGUAUGGUUGUUGACAAAUGAGGACCGGCAUGGGCGAUACACUCGAAUUCCUUAGAGCAGUGACAAAAAAGACAGUUUUACGUCAGACUCCAUCGACAAACAGGAGGUCUACAACAGUGAUUCCCAACCGUUUUCGGUCUGUGGCUCUCGACCAAUAUGUAAUAAUUUUCUUGGCCUCGUUCAGUGUCUGUCAUCUUUUCAGAUUCAGUUAGUACUUGUUAUGGUGUAAUGGUGUCCGUAGAUAUAUGACAAGAACACUUUUUAUAAAGAUUCCAAUUUAUUGAAAUGUGAGAGAGGAUUAUAUGUACUGAAGUUGAGAUAAAGUUCUGUUCAGUUCGA